CGAUCUCGGUCAACAUGGGAGUCUUCAUUCACAGCACCGAUGCGUAGCUAUCAACCACAGCCUCAUCGCUCGCCAGUAGUUACCAGAGAUCCCAUGGAUCCGGAAUCUUCAGAUAGCGAUGUUUCUGUCGGAGGCGGCGAUGAGUAUAGAUUUGCAAGUCCAUUGACCGCUCCGGUGCCGUUGCCAGCUCCACCGUCAAAGCACGCUCUUGAAUCCUCCGACGCCGUCUCUGCUCGUCUAGACGAGUUGUUGCGAGUCGAGGAACAUAACAUCAAGAAAUAUGAUCUUCUCAAAGCAAAGCGGAAUCGGAAAGACGACAAGAUCCGGCGAAAACGAGAAGCUCAGGAUAAGAAAAUGGCUGCUAUCAUGGAAGGCCGACAACGGCGCGAUGCUAGAAUCGAGGCUCGGCGCAAGCGAGAGGAUGCCGCAUUCGCUUCAUUUGAUCAUGAGCUUGAGGAGGAAGAACACAAUCUUCGCCGUCGUUUGAAGAGACUCAAACGUGGAUUGCCACCUGACGAGUCACCUCGGCCUGGUGCUGCUCGAAUAUCUUCUGCAUCCAUGUCUCCCCCAGUGCCAGGACUGUCCACAAUCCCUCCACCGCCCAAGCGUCACCAAGUUGGGCCUCCAGGCCAACCAGACGCCGUCAAUCCUGCACAAUCACGACCUGUCGAACAGCGGCCUGUGCCACCCGCCAAAACCACCGAACCACCAUAUUCGUUUUACCGUAGUAUGAACUCUACCUACAAUAGACCUUAUCAUCAAGGACCCUAUUCAACAUCCCCCAACACCGCUUCGCCGGUGGCCAAUACGAAUGGAUUGAAUCACCCUUCCCAGCCUCCACCGGAUCGGUCCUCUCUCAAUCCUUUGGGACAUCCGGGUUCGCCACGUUCCAGACCUCCGUCAAGUGCUCACUCUCCGGCCACGCCCGUGACCCAUGCAAACCCUCCUCCACGCGUUACUUCGUCAAGUUACGACACGAGACCCCCUCCGACAACCACUUCCUCCGGGUUCGCAUCCGUCAAUGCCCCAGUGACCACUGGGUUCGCUCCAAUCAAUCCCCGUAGUGCCGCCACUCCUCCAGCAGCUCACACUGGCCUAGCCCGCCCGCUGCAGGAUUCGGAUCACAAGACUCCAAAUCAGCCAGUUGGUAGUAAUGGCAUGGAUAGCACGCGAUUCCAUUCCUACACAAGUACACCUUCCACCACCCCAACACUGGCUGCCAACACAGCAAGCAAGAGAACGCCCUCCACGACCCACCCAUAUCAAAUGUCCGAGGCAUUCGCCAACAGACAUCAUCAUUGUGAGCGCGUUGAUGGUCUGAAUCGUGGUAUCUGGACAUCUUAUGGCGUCGGAGGAACUCAAGAGAAUCCCACUGGUCCAGCAACCGAGAUGUAUCUUCGAUGCAACCACGAUGGUUGUUCCCGCAUUGAUUGGCGUACCGUUCAUGGGCUGCAAUGCCACAUUGUCAAGAAUCAUGAGCAACCGAAGGGAACCAUUGGAAGCCUGGAUAAAGCCCUGGAAAAGUACGGUGUGCCAGUCAAGGACGUUGAAGAUUACGAACGUGAGCAUGGACGAGGCUCUGCAGGUACAGUGGCCGAUCCAAAGAAUCACAAAAUCAAGGUGAAGACGAAAGAAGCCUUGACCGCCAGACCCUACGCCCGUACAGGGACUCCGGGUUCUUAUGGAGUCGAUCCUCAAGCACGGCCUGCAGGGUAUAGACCAAGCCUAACACCGACCAGCGAUAGCCCAACCCUGUCCGACGAACUCAAACGUAGCCCGGUAACUGGGUUGACGAAUGGAGCUCCAAAAGAUGCCCCAAUCAAUCAGCCUCCGAUUCGACCAACUCAAGGCCCUCCAACCGUUACAGGUCCAUCGAGUAUGACCUCCUUUUCUUCCGUCCCUGCUCCGCAAAUGAGGUCCGAUUACCGACCGGACUGGAUCGGCCGUCCCAUUCAAAUGCAGACACCUUCGAGACUGGAGCCCGAUCAAAAGAAGCUGCAAGGAGAUUUCGGCGCAUCGAGUUUGCCAUCUCCGACCCAUCCGAAUGGCCCCUCUACUACUCGACCUGGACCAGUGGAUAGACCAGCGCUGUCUACUCGGUCCCCUGUAGUGCAUGCUGCCAUUCCAGCCACAAUACCUGCAACUCCGACUGCCCCUGAACCGCCAAAACCCGCUGUAGCAGAGGCCAAAAUUGCACCAGCCACUGUCCCAGUGGCUGGUAUUCCCGUUACUGCACCCCUGGCUCCUGAUGCUCCAUUGGUUACAAGCGAGACGAAACAAAUUCAACCCAAAUAUGAACAAGAAGAGUCGAAUGGUAUUAAGCAGAAUGAAGCUCCGGCGCAGGAAGCGGAUAAAGACACGCCUAUGACCGGCACAGAUCACCGCCAGGCUGAUAAGCCAAACUCUGUGCCGAAUGGAGAUGGAAAAACCGCACAAACCUCAUCAAAUCCAACAUCUAAUACACCAGAAGACAACGGCGAAGACCAGUCGGAGACGAUUGUCAUCGAUGGUGAAACAGGCAAGGCAAACAACGAGACUUCUGGGACCAAGAAAUCUAAUCUUCAGUCACCGACGAUAAUGGCCAAGGCUCUUCCAGCGAGUGCCCCUGGUAGUGCAAGACGCCCGAGUAGACGCCUUAGUGUGGCUCGAAAAUCGGUCGACGGUGACGGGGACCCUGCUUAUGCAAAGGAAAACCGAGUCACGACAAGCACUAAUGGAGAAACCGAUGACAAGGAUGACAAGGAUAGCAAGGACGAGAGAGAAAAG